GAGAAGAGGAAGAAGGAGUGAAGAACAAGCGAGAUAGAUCAAAUAUGGAGGCAGUGUAUCUAUUGUGCUCCAUUAUCUACAAUUCCGUGACUUCUUCGAUUCUUUCUAUCCAUCUCCUCUACCGCUUUCUCCUACGAGCAUUCAGCACCGUCUCCUCUUCUUCUUCUUCUCCUUCUCAUCCUCUCAAUGAGGAAGAAGAAGAAGAAGUGGCUCUGUAUGAAGGUUCGGUUUGGCAUGAACGCAGGCGUCCCGUCCAUCACUCUUUUCGAUACCCAGUUCGAUACGCCCUCAUCUACCUUGAUCGUGCAAAACCUGACACGCUCCUCAACCACUUCUCCGCUGAUCAAGCUCGCAAAAUCACUGCAACCACCGGACCCGUGUUCCUCCUGACAAUUCCUAAAAGUGUGGGAUAUGAACAAAACCCAUUGAGUGUGUAUUACUGCUAUGAUCUUGAAGGUUCUAUUCAAUGCUUGAAGAAGUGCAUUGCUGAGGUAACCAACACACCAUGGGGUGAAAGAGUGUCCUUCAUUUUCAAUCCUGACUCAGAUUUAGUGGCAAAGCCAUUGCAUGUCAGUCCUUUUAUGGAUAUGCUCGGGAAUUGGAAAAUGAAAGCUAAUGCACCUGGCGAGCAUCUUUUUUUAGCAAUUUCUGUUCAACACCCAGAGCUUGGUGACUACUUCACAGCUACUUUGACUGCAAAAAGAGUGGCAUCCACAUCUGAAGGGUUAAUAUUCUUCUGGUUGAUGCCUCAGAAGGUUGCAGUGUGGAUAUACUGGCAGGCCCUUAAGCUGUGGUGGAAAAAUGUUCCCUUCGUACAGCAUCCAAGGUACUUCAACUCGAAAUACAGGGAAGAAGCUUCAAUGCGUGACAGGAAACUGCAAUGCCCUCAGGUUCUUGGAAAAGGAGAGGAUAGCUGUGCUCAGUUUGAGAGCAGUUAUUCGGCUUGUUCGGAUGGCAUAAAUAGCAGAGAUCGUUGGUGUGUGUGGAGAGAUGCUCGAUGGCCAUGGUCCUGAACAUUUGUGAGUCCAUGUGUAAAUUAUUUCACUCUGUCCUAUUUUAAGAUCCUUCAAAAUAUUUCCUUCUUCGUGUUUCAAUAAGAAUUCCUUGUGUAACUGAAACAACGAGGAUAGAUUAGUAGUCUAAAGUAAAGAAACUGCAAAGGGUGUCAUAGUCAACUUCCAAUUUCAACCUUUGGUACAGCACAAAUGAUCCCCCCCCCCUCCUCUUUCUGGAAUGAAUGCUACAAGAUGAAAUCUUGUUAUACAGUGUCAAAGUUAUCCAGGUAAGAAAUUUCCACAAAGGGAAGAUGGAAUUCUUUUGUUGGGUUGAAUAAGUAUUAUAACAACUACCAUUAUGUGAAAUUCUAAUAAUUUCUAUGCACUUUUGUGUGGAUGAAUCCUGGAUUUAGGGUUU